UUACGUUUCGGGUCGGGUCACUCGAUUCGGAUCCACAUCCGUUAUCUCAGUUCAAAGAUGCCCCUUUUGAGGUCAAACAAGCUUCUUUUUUCUCAUCGAUUCAUCUGAAGUUUUCUGAUCAAUUCAGUUUCCACAUAACAGGCCUUGUGUCAUGGGUUCACCACAAACAGACAAGGUUACAACAGACAUUUCACACACUGACAGCAAGAACGAGUGUCUCGAGGUUAAGAUACUGUUCUUCGCCCGAGCUAGAGAUCUAACCGGGUUGACUGAUAUGAAACUGGAAGUGUCAUCUGGUACGACUGCUGGUGAUUGCUUGGAUAAACUUAUUGCAAAAUUUCCGGGAUUGAAAGAGCUUCGCGGAUGCAUGGUUCUGGCUUUGAACGAGGAAUACACGCCUGAAUCAACCCUUGUUAAGAAUCGAGACGAGUUGGCAAUCAUACCUCCUAUUAGCGGAGGCUAGAAUUCUGUCUAUAUAUGUGUAUAUACGUCGUUCAAUAAGAAUCAAAUUUCAAGUACAAAACUGUGAGAACGGUAUAAACACUUGUACUGGCUACUUUAAUUUAAAUAGAUAAAGACAGUUAUAUAACCACAUAACCGUCUUUUUGUCCUCUA